AUGAAUGAGGAAAAUUCGCCUCCAGAAUUCAUACCACAAAUCUCAAUUACCGACGAAGAAAAUGUCGAAGUGCCUGCUGAGAGCGAAGCGGAAGAGCCGCUGUCAGGCAUCCCUGGACAGGAACAGCGGGGAGAAGCCGAGGGCCGCCACCCUUCUGUGUCGCUUCAGUUGAUGGACAAGCAGCACGAGUGGUUGGCCGAGAUAGAAGCAAAAUGCGCGAGUCUGGAGACGGCCUUCAUCACAAAGAUGCAGUUCGUGGCUCUGAGCAACCACUUUCAGGAAUAUUUAAAGGAACUGGAAGAGAAGGAGACCCUGGCACGAGAGAAAGGGGAAUUCGCCAAUCUUUUCAACAAGUUCCGCACUUGCUAUGCGAGCAGUCAGAAAUUUCACAAUAAGCUGAUGGAAGUCAAGGGUCGGAAAGAACUCGUCGAAGCCGAGAACAGGAUUCUAAAAAAGAGAUUGUUUGAUCAACAGAUUCGAUUGGACGCUUUGCAGGUUCAUUUAGGAAAUGCCAGAGAGGAAGCUGAAGAAAAGGAAAGAGAAAAACUAGCUGUUCAGAAACAGCUAAUCGACUUGAAGGAAGAAACAGAAAAGUUAAAGAGUCAACAGCACCCAGAAAAAGAAGAAGCUGAUGAGCCACCAACCAGAGUAGCUGUAACGGGAGACACGAAAGAAGAGCUGAAGAUUCGUCAUCUGGAGGAAGAGGUUGAGAGCUUGAAAAGCGACCUCGCCUUCAGCAGCGAAAGAGAGGCCACACUCUCGGCGAAGCUCGACCGUGCCGACAAGACCACAGCAUCCCUGAAGAACGAGCUGACAUCCGCCAGAUCCGAACUGCAGAGACAAAUCAGUCAGCGCGAGAGAGUGGAAGAGGCAUUCGCUCAGACUUCCGAAAAUCUGAGCAAGAAAAGCGAACUGGCCUCUGAAUUGGCCCAAGAAGUUCAGGAGUUGAAAAGCGAAUUGGAAAUGUCCAAAAGCAAGUCUAGCAGCUUGCUGAAGGACCUGCGAAGCAACAGCAAGAAGCUGGAUGCUGCCACACAAUCCAUAGAAAAGCUGAGGAGAGAUCUGGAUAUUCGCGAGAACCGACUGAAGGCGGCGGCAGAGCAAAGGAGAUCCCUGGAGGCAGAAAUCACGAACAAGCAGGGAGAAAUUUUCGCUUUGAAGGUGGACUUGGCGAAUGUCUCAAAGCAAAAAAGUGAGCUGUCACGGCAGGUGGCUUUACUGAAGAAAAAGGUUCUUGAAAUGGAGGCGGGAGCGCAGAACCUCCAGGAGCAAAUCGUCUCCAAGCAGAAACUUAUUGAUGCCCUGGAGAAGGAGCAUGUCGAGAACGAGGACAAAAUGAAGGAGCUCACGAAGCAGAAGGACGCCUUCAUGCAGGAAUCGCAGAAACAAGAGCAAAUUAUAAUAAAUUUACGCCUCGACAUCAAAUCUAGCGAAGAAAAAAUCGCCGAUAUAAUAAAGGAACUCAAUGCUGGGAAACAGGAAAUCACACGACUUCAAGACAUCAUCAGGCGAUUGGUGAAAGCGAAAGAUAAGAUGGCGGCAGAUGCACUGGAACUGAACAGGAAUAUAUCACAUCUGAAAGGUGAAAUCAAAGGACUUCAAAUCCAAAUGGACGAUUCUAAGAAAAUGGUCAUGAAACUGAGCCGCGAAAUUGAGGAAGAACGUGCCAAAUAUAAACUCUUAGCAAUUGAUGAAAGAUUUUAUCGCAAGUCGUGCGCCGAUGCCAAUCGAAUGAUUGAAAAACAAAACGAAGAUCAAAAUCUUCUAAAUAAGCACAUUCUGCAACUGAAAAGCUAUAACCAGGAACUAGAUGACCAAAGAAAGAAGCUGGAAGUCCAGUUGAAAUGUUCUACUGAGCAGCUGGAAAGUGCUAAAGAAUUCUUAAAACAGAAAACAAAGAUAACCAAGGAGAUGUCCGAAACGAUCCAACGAAAGGAUGACGAUCUGAAAAGUAGGCUGAAAAAUAUUUCAAACCUCCAACAAGAACUUGACAACUUGAAAAAGGAACUCGAGAGCACCACAAAAGAUAAAGAUGCUCUGAGCAAAAAACUCAGUGAAAGCGAUGCUCAGAUCGCGUCGUAUAAAGAGAGAAUUGAACUUAUGGAACAGGAUUUGACUGUUUCGAACCGAACUCUAGCUGAGAGAGAGGACGACAUCAAGUUAUUGAAGUUGCAAUUGUUGGAAAUGCAUAGAAUCCAUUCUCUAAUGGAAAAGAAAGUGGAAAAUAUGCACAUGACUCGCCAAGAAUUAAUUGAGAUUCAGCAAGAAUUUCAAGAUCAAAAGUUUAAAUUCAAACGAAUGGAGAUGGAAGUACAACGACCAAUUAAUUUUCACAGGUGGCGCAUUUUGGAAGGCACUGACCCAGAUCACGCUAUGCUGGUGUCCAAAGUGCACGCUCUGCAGAAGCAACUCAUUCAAAAGGUAUCUGAGAUGGAUGCUAGGGAAGUGCAGCUGCGGGAAAAGGAGCAGCUGAUCCAGAAGCUGCGCGAGAUGCUUCGGAGACGGCCAGACACUGCAGCUGCGGGGGAGCUCAUAGAUUGCAAGCGAGAGCUCAAGUCUCGGAUGGAGCGACUUAAGUGUCUGACCACUGAAAGAAAUAUGUUCGAGAACCUGGUGGAGAAAUACAGGCAAGAGACGAUGGCCCUGCGAGAUCAGCUCAAAAAAUACAAAAUGGAAGAGUUUGAAGUAAAGAGAAAGAAACUGGUGCGAAAGUAA